UAUUCGUAGAUGGUAAAUUAGUAUUUAGUAAUCACUAUUUUUUUUUAUAAUCUUGUCAGCUUGUCUCAUCGACGGCCGAUAACAAUUUAAAUUUUUUAUGAGAUGUUUUUCUUUUAAAUAUUUAUAUUUAUUGAAUUUAAUUUUUUCAUUAUAAUACAUCAUAAUGAAUCCUGGCAUCCCAAUUUUUCCUACUAUGAUUCCAAAUAUUGUCAACCCGUUAUGGUUUAGUGUUGAUGAGCCUAAAAACGAAGAUACAGAGCUUAUACGAAUAGAGAGUAUCCACCAAAAUUGGUUACUUACAUUAACAAAUAAAAUCAAUGACAAAGACUUUCCAGUACCAAUUGGCAAAACAGCGACUGAAGUGCAAGAUGAAGAGGAUGAAGAGGAUGAGGAGGAAGAAGUUAAUGCUUCAGAUGAUAGUGAAACCCAUGAUGAGGAAGAUGAUGAUGUCGAAAUGGAUGUUACCAAUACAUAUGAUCGAGAUUCACCCAUUUCUGUUUCUACUAGAUAAAAAUAAAUAAUAAUAAUUAUGGUUUAAAUCAUUGAUAAUGAUGGGCAAAAUUGUAUACUCAUUUAAAUAUUUCAUCAUAUAAUACAUCUAAUAAGUGUUAAAUACAUCUUUAAAUUAUUUUCAUUCAUCAUAUAUUUUACAAUUUUAAAAUAAUUAAUUAAUUGAACAAAAUAAAAAAAAUUAACAAGUGUUCAAAUUAUACAUAAUCAUGGGCAGAUAGGCCAUUUUUGGCCUACCGGGAAAUUUUAAAAAGGGGCCCCCACUUGAAAAAAAAUGUCUAAAAAGGGCCCCAUUACCGAAAUACGAAGUGGGGGCCCACCGGGAAAUGUCUGGUUUCCAGGUAGGCCUAUCCGCCCAUGUACAUAAUUUAUUAGUAUUAUUAUUAUUUUCUUUUUAAUAAAUCAGUGUUAAUAUAGGGCAGUUCUUAGUAAUUAAUCAUUACUUCAAAAGGUAUUUAUAAGUUGUACAUGAUCUAAUUUGAUUUGUUAUUUAAAUAGUGAAAUUAAUUUAUUUUUUAUAAAAAAAAUGUAAGUUUUUCAAAAAUUUAUUUUCUAGUCUUUUAAAGGGUACACAAUUUGACAUGCGGUCAUGAACGUGUUAAAAUGUUGAAAAUAUUUUUUUUCAUCAAUGUGAAAUGUUUUUUUGAACAACCACAAAUUUUAAUUUAAUAUUUUUUACUACAAUUUUUAAUUUUUUUAUUAUAAUUUCAAAAUAAAAUAAAAUGUGUUACUGUUCAGAGUGCUUUGCAAAAUGUUGAUCCACUUCUCCACUUAUUAAAUACUUUUAAAUUAACUAAUUAAAUUUGUUCAAUUUAAUUAUACAUCUGUGAUCUGACGAUCUGUACUUAAUAUUUAUUAUUUAUAUAGUUAUUGUUUAUGUAAUUGUAAUAGGCAAUAGGGUGUAAUACACUAAUAUACAGUGUAGUGUAGUAUUGAAGUACUAUAGAGUAUAGGGCAUUAUUUAAUAUAAUCCAUUGUGACAAAAUAAAUGAUAUUUUUUUUAA